AUGAACCAACUUUUGAUUUUUGACUUGGUCGCCAAGUAUAGAGAGGUGGAAACGACCAAUCCUCCGUUGUUUGAGAAGGUGAAGCAAUCUGUGGACAUUUUGUUUAAAGCGUUUGAUGAUUUUGGAAUCGACUGCACAAUCGUUUCGUAUAACGGGGGGAAGGAUUCCGAUGCCUGUGCCCAUCUCUGGAGAUUAGCCUUGUAUCUGUAUCUGGACGCAAAGGGACGCCUCGGAGAGUACCAGGAAACGGUUGACAACUCGAUCUUUAUUGUCUUCCACAGUCCUGAGGAUUUCGAGGAGAUCAACAAGCAUUUAAAGGAAACGGUGAGUGCGAUCGGCGUGCAAGUGUACCACAGUUCAAAGUCUUUCAAAGAAGGGGUAAAAGGGGUAAUUGAUCACUAUGGAACGAAGGCGGUGGUUCUUGGUGUUCGCCGCUCCGACCCUCAAGGAGCCAAUCUGAACGUCCACACGCCAAGUACGCCGGACUAUCCUCCCUUCAUGCGCGUUUUGCCUUUGCUGGAAUGGACGUACGGGGACGUUUGGAACUUCCUGCUAACGUUUCAAAUUCCCUACUGCGAGUUGUAUGAUCAGGGCUAUACGUCGAUUGGCACGAAGAAGAAUACGCUGAAGAAUGAAGCCCUCCGUCAAGCAGAUGGCAGUUAUGCGUCUGCUCGGUUUUUAGAGGAUUGGUCUCUCGAAAGGGGAAUCCGAACUUAUUAA